AUGGCAUUCGCAUGGAAGGCUGCUGGUUUAACCUACAAUCGAUACCUUGCGGUAGCUGCCCGAGUAGUGAGGAGGAGCCUCAAGGAAGACAAAAGGCUGCAGGCGGAGCGCCGAGGGGAGAUGGAUCUCAGGUUCGCGAAGUGGGAGGUGAGUCGUGGUCUGGGCUGGGGCAGGCCGGAAGAGAGGCGCUGCAACCUUGGGGAAAUUGUGUUGCGCGAUAUCUUGUUUCUCCUCUGGCCUGAUCGGGUUUCGCAACGGUGGCAGAAUGGGGCUGAUGAUGGUGGGCAGAACGGCAAGCAGGGCGAGAACAAGUCUUUGGCAAGCGCGAACGAGGCAGCAAUGGCGGAACAUGCAGGAGGUCAGGGUCAGUAG